UAUACGUCAUCAGUGCGCGACGCAGCGUGCAGGACUGUGAAGGACGCCGAGAAGCUUGUGAUGAAAUAAGUCAAAUAUAAAGCUGUCAGGAGGACGUUGUUAUGAUGGCGGUGUCGUGUCUUACUCUAGCCCUUCGCUCCCUGACUCUCUCCCGGCCUGCUCUGCUAUCCUCACAGGCAGUUGCACAGACCAAGCUGGCAACUCAGGUGCCCAGUACAGUCCUAAAUCAGUGUAGAGGCUUCCUCACCAGCGCCUCUCUGAAGCAGAACAGGUCACAGUGGAAGAAGAAUGAGAAGUACACCAUCAGUCCUAUUGGAAUGAAGAAGACUGGAGGCAGAGAUCACUUGGGAAAGAUACGGACACAUGGCAUCGGCGGUGGCCAUAAACAAAAAUACCGUAUGAUAGACUUUCAUCGACUGCGCUAUGAACCAACGAAAGAGGCCCAGCCCUUUGAAGAGAAGGUCGUUGAAGUGCGAUAUGACCCAUGCAGGUCUGCUCACAUUGCCCUGGUAGCUGGAGGCAACCGGAUAAGAUGGAUUAUUGCGACGGAGAACAUGCAGCCCGGAAACGUCAUUAAAACAUCUGGAGUUAUUGGACGCAUGGCAGUCGCAGCCAAUGAGGGUGAUGCCUACCCGCUGGGGGCUCUUCCUGUGGGGACGCUGGUGAACAACCUGGAGGUACAACCAGGGAAGGGAUCCAUGUACAUUCGUGCUGCAGGCACAAGUGGCGUUUUGCUCCGUAAAGUAAACGGAACAGUGAUCAUUCAGCUUCCUUCCAAGCAGCAGGUUCAGGUGUUGGAGAACUGCAUUGUUACGGUGGGACGCGUGUCCAACAUUGACCACAAUAAACGGCAAAUUGGCAAAGCCGGCCGCAACCGCUGGCUUGGCAUUCGCCCUUCGAGCGGCUUGUGGCAGAGGAAGGGAGGCUGGGCAGGACGCAAGAUUAAACCGCUGCCUCCGAUGAAGACUUACGUCAACCUGCCCUCGAUCUCGUCUAAUUAACACACAGGACAUGUUCGGGACUGGAGAUUGUUGUGUAUCGCUUAUAAAUCACUGGUUAUAUUAUUUAGUCCAUUGUUUGCAAAGUAUGAAUAAAGACAAGCCAUUUGUACAGAAGAUUAAAAAUUUAUUAAAACACAACUGCUUGUGGGAGCAUGGAAAGAAACAAAACAAUAUAAAAAUCCAAAACAUAUUUACAUCUAUAGUAAAACAUGCAGAGUAAUCCAUAUUUAUUUAGUGGUAAAUUUAAAAAUACUGUCAUGUCAUUUAAAAUAGGGUUUGUGCAAAGACACUGGGUGGCAUUUCAAGUAACAGGAGCAAUGAGAUGGCAUGUAAUUGUAGUUUGAC